AUGGGCAAAUCUACCAAAGACAAGCGCGACAUCUACUAUCGCCAGGGCAAAUCGGAGGGCUACCGAGCGCGAUCGGCCUACAAGCUUCUGCAUCUCAACGAGCAGUACGGCUUCCUCGGUGGUGCGGACGAAUAUGCGCUCGAUGCGACCGACCCGACUACCUCGACUUCCGACUCAGUCCCAAGCGCGAAUGGAUCCGCAUCCUCUGCGCGGCGCUUUCCAACGCCUACACGAGUCGUUGACCUGUGUGCUGCUCCCGGCUCGUGGUCACAAGUGCUCUCCCGACGCCUUGCCUCGGUGCCCGAUUCGCACCUCGUUGCGGUCGACCUUCAGGCCAUGGCCCCCUUGCCGGGUGUCACACAAAUUAUCGGCGACAUCACUACACCUGCCACCGCCGAUGCUGUGAGUCGUGCGCUCUCAGACGGUCCCAACGCUACCGGCACCGAUCUGAAGGGCAAGGGCAAGGCUCGCGCUCAACUCAUCGUCUGCGACGGCGCUCCCGACGUCACCGGCCUGCACGACCUCGACGAAUACCUGCAGUCCCAGCUCCUCCUCGCGGCUACCCAGAUCACAUUCCGUAUCCUCGAAGAGGGCGGCACCUUUGUCGCCAAGAUCUUCACGCAGCAUCCUCAGGCUGGUCUCGGCGCAUCGCUCGGCAACAUGGACCUCAAGGGAGCACGCCCAGCGACAUCAGGCGCAUUGCUCGCGCAGCAACUCCGCACCUUCUUUGAUCAGGUCGACAUCGCCAAGCCAAGAAGCUCGCGCCUCGGCAGUGUAGAGCACUUCCUCGUGUGUCUCGGGUUCCGUCCACCCAAGAACCUCCCGAAAGGCAUCGUCGGCAGCCUCGCAGAAUCUGCGCCCAAUCAGGAGGCACCCUCACCAGCUGAUUCCAGCGACGACGGCGACCGAGACGACCUCGUCCAGUACGCCCACAAGCUCAGGUCGCAACUCCAACGGCCCGAUCUGCCCCGACACCUGCAACAAUCGCACACCCAACUCGCCGCCACACUGCCAUUCGUUGCGCACGGCGACCUGAGCGGCUUCGACCAAUGA